AUGGAAGAUGUUCUGUUCAGCCUUUAUAAAUGGCUCGAUAAUCAUCCUACCGAAGCUGUAUUGGUCUCAGUCAAUUAUGAAGGAGGAACUGGAACGCCUAACGACCCUGCAUUCUAUAUCAAACUUUACGAUAUACUCAACACUCCCCUUGCUCAGAAAUAUUGGGUUCAGACUAAUGGCACGCUCGGCACUCUAGGCCAAGCGCGAGGAAAACUUACACUCCUCCAGCGUUGGAGCUAUGAUCAACUUCCUUUGAACUUGACGAAGCGAAUCGGCAUCCCACUUGACCCAGAACACUGGACGGAUAACGGGAAAGCAAUUGAGCUAGUGUAUAAUGUCGCCAAAUCACAAAUUGCUUUUAUCGAAGAUUUUUACCGAAUCGAUAUACCUCUAGGGUCAGGUGCAAACGCAUACAUUGAAGCCAAAUUCGAUGCAGUUACUGCACAUCUCACAAAUGCGACACUUACGAACCUCAACCCUGAUCAACUUUAUAUCAGCUUUGCCAGUGCGGCGUUUCUGCUUGAUUCGCCCCCCAUGACUCCAAGGGCAAGUAGAAUUCAAAAUAUCAUCCAACAUUGUGGUGAUUGUAUAAACAGAAAGCUUCUUCCUUGGCUUCAGACGAGGAAGGGGCAACGAUUUGGUAUUAUCAUGCUGGACUUCUACGAUGCUGUUCCUGGCCUCGUCGAAGCUGUAAUAGGUCUUUGA